ACGUUCACCUCACACAAAAUAUCAAGUCUUAAUCAUCAUGUGAAAACCCAUUCUGAUAAGAAACGUCACGUGUGUCAUCUCUGCCUUAAGGCUUUUAGUACAGCUACCCUCCUGUAUAACCAUCUGAAUAUGCACACAGGGACCAGACCCUAUAAAUGCAGUGACUGUGAUAUGGCAUUUGUGACCAGUGGUGACCUAUCACGACACAGGCGCUACAAGCACACUUUAGAAAAACCUUUCAAGUGUACAGUGUGUAAAUAUUCUAGUGUAGAAGCAAGUAAAAUGAAACGACAUCUUCGCUCACACACAGGAGAGCGUCCUUAUGCCUGUGACCUUUGCAGUUAUGCUAGCAAAGAUGCAUAUAAACUGAAAAGGCACAUGAUAACUCAUUCAGGUGAAAAACCCUAUGAAUGUUCUGUUUGUCAGGCCAAAUUCACUCAGAGUGGUACCAUGAAAGUGCAUAUGUUAGAGAAGCAUGGAGAAAAUGUGCCAAAAUACCAGUGUCCACAUUGUAGUGCCUUUAUUGGACGAAAAAGUGACUUGGGUGUCCACCUGAGGAAUCUACAUUCCUACAUGGCAGUGGCAAUUAAAUGCAGUUACUGUGAAGCUGUUUUUCAUGAGCGCUAUGCUCUUAUUCAGCACAAGAAGACUCAUAGAAAUGAAAAAAGAUUCAAAUGUGAUCAGUGCAGCUACGCAUGUAAGCAGAAACGAUACCUAAUUGUACAUAAACGAACCCAUACUGGUGAGAAGCCCUUCACCUGCUCGCGCUGCAGCAAAAGCUUUCGACAGAAACAGCUUCUCACUGUUCACUUCAAGAAGCACCAUGAUUCUAAUAUUAAGCCUGCAUUUUAUGAGUGCCCUAGAUGUAGUAAGGGCUAUUCACUCUCGGUAAGAUACUUCCUUUUAAGGAAUCUUCAGUGGAGUUAUCUUUAG